AUCGCCUCCCUUUUUCUCCCCUUUCUCACUUUUCUCUUCAUACUUCCCAUCCCAAGAAAAAUAACUCCGGGAGAAUUUUCCGGCAAUGGCGGCCAUGAUCCGCCUGUUAAGAUCUUCAUCAUCUUCCUCAUCCAAUUCAAUUUCCCUUAUCAGUAGAUCUUUAUCUACAGCAGCUGCAUCUGAGACAGUGAAAUCCCAAUCUUACCCUCAUAAUCCCCAUUCUACAAGUGUUGAUCCCAAGGCUAAAACUGUCCAAUGGGUCUUUUUGGGUUGUCCUGGUGUCGGAAAAGGUACAUAUGCUAGCCGUCUUUCAACCCUUUUAGGCGUUCCUCAUAUUGCUACUGGAGAUCUUGUUCGUGAUGAGUUGAAAUCUUCAGGUCCUUUGUCAAAACAACUUGCAGAGAUUGUCAACCAAGGAAAAUUGGUUUCAGAUGAGAUUAUACUGAAUUUACUAUCUAAAAGGCUCGAGAGUGGGGAAGCUAAGGGUGAAGCUGGAUUCAUACUUGAUGGAUUCCCUAGAACUGUGAGACAAGCAGAAAUACUGACUGAGGUUACAGACAUAGAUUUGGUGGUUAAUCUCAAGCUUCCAGAGCGGGUAUUGGUUGAGAAAUGCCUUGGCCGAAGGAUCUGCAGUGAAUGUGGAAAGAAUUUCAACGUGGCAUCUAUAGAUGUCGCUGGUGAAAAUGGGGCUCCUAGGAUCAGCAUGGCUCCACUUAACCCCCCCUCACAGUGUAUUUCAAAGUUAAUCACUCGAGCAGAUGAUACAGAAGCUAUUGUUAAGGAAAGGCUCAGUAUAUACUGGGAUAAGAGUCAGCCUGUUGAGGACUUCUACCGUAGCCAAGGAAAGUUACUGGAAUUUGAUUUACCGGGAGGCAUUCCCGAAUCAUGGCCUAAGUUGCUGGAAGUUCUCAACCUUGAUGAACAGGAAUAUAAACUGUCUGCUGCAGCUUAGUUUCUCUCCGCUGCUUUGCAUGUGUGCACGCGCUUAACCAAUUUUGCAGAAAAAAGAACAUAUUCAUUGGUUUCCCUUCUAUUUUCCUAUUAAUUUAAGUCAAAUAACAAACCUUUUGAGUGUACUUUGAAGCCGUAAAAAUACGGUGGCUGCCAUUGUUGAUUCAUAUGAAGAGGUCUGUUGUACCAUAGUUUCAACUAAGAGUUAUAAAGAUGAUUAUUUUUUACAAUUGUGUAAUAAGCUUAUAGUAAUUGAUACAUUCUGAUUUAAUACUUAGGUAAAUGACAUA